UCUAUGGGCGUUCUCGGGUUGAGGUGGUGCGGUUAUCCCUCUGGGUUAGUGGAAAGACUGGUGAGCUGGCCGCCGUCUGCUUGAACUUUUGAAAGGCUGGAGGAAAGGAGUAGUUUCUUAUCGGUCGCCGCCUCAAGGAGGGGACACGGGUUCGAGCCCUGGUCUGGGAAGAUCCCACGUGCCGCGGAGCAACUGGGCCCGUGAGCCACAAUUACUGAGCCUGCGCGUGCGAUGAAGAGUGGCCCCUUCUUGCCACAACUAGAGAAAGCCCUUGCACAGAAACGAAGACCCAACACAGCCAUUAAUUAAUUAAUUAUUUUUAAAAAUUAUUAUUUUUUAAACUCAUUUCUGUUUAGUGCUGAAUAGUGUUCCAUUGCCUGAAUGGGAUUUUACCACAGUUUAUCUAUUCACCUACUGAAGGACAUCUUGGUUGCUUCCAAGUUUUGGCAGUUAUGAAUAAAGCUGCUAUAAACAUUCAUGUGCAGGUUUUUGUGUGGAUAUUGGUUUUCAACUCCUUUGUGUAAAUACCAAGAAGCACGAUUACCAGACCACAUGAUGGAUGUAUUUUUUGUAAGAAAUCACCAAACUUUCUUCCAAAGUGGAAGACAUUCCUGUCAUCAAUGAAAGAGAGUUCCUGUUGCUCUACGCCAGCAUUUGGUAUUGCCAGUGUUCUGGAUUUUUGCCAUUCUAGUAGGGAAUCUAAGUUCAUUUCAAGGCAUUCGAAAUGGGGAAAGACUAUUAUUGCAUUUUGGGAAUUGAAAAAGGAGCUUCAGAUGAAGAUAUUAAAAAGGCUUACCGAAAACAAGCCCUCAGAUUUCAUCCGGACAAGAACAAAUCUCCUCAGGCAGAGGAAAAAUUUAAAGAGGUCGCAGAAGCUUAUGAAGUAUUGAGUGAUCCUAAAAAGAGAGAAAUAUAUGAUCAGUUUGGGGAGGAAGGGUUGAAAGGAGGGGCAGGAGGUACUGAUGGACAAGGAGGUACCUUCCGGUACACCUUUCAUGGCGAUCCUCAUGCCACAUUUGCAGCAUUUUUCGGAGGUUCCAACCCCUUUGAAAUUUUCUUUGGAAGACGGAUGGGUGGUGGUAGAGAUUCUGAUGAAAUGGAAGUAGAUGGAGAUCCUUUUAGCGCCUUUGGAUUCAGCAUGAAUGGAUAUCCAAGAGACAGGAAUUCUGUGGGACCAUCCCGCCUCAAACAAGAUCCUCCAGUUAUUCAUGAACUUAGAGUAUCACUUGAAGAAAUAUAUAGUGGUUGUACCAAACGGAUGAAGAUUUCUCGAAAAAGGUUAAACCCUGAUGGAAGGAGUUAUCGAACUGAGGACAAAAUUCUUACCAUCGAGAUAAAAAAAGGGUGGAAAGAAGGUACCAAAAUUACUUUUCCAAGGGAAGGAGAUGAAACACCAACUAGUAUUCCAGCAGACAUUGUUUUUGUCAUUAAAGAUAAAGAUCACCCCAAAUUCAAAAGGGAUGGAUCAAAUAUAAUUUAUACUGCUAGAAUUAGUUUACGAGAGGCAUUGUGUGGCUGCUCAUUUAAUGUGCCAACAAUGGAUGGAAGAACCAUACCUAUGACAAUAAAUGAUAUUGUGAAACCUGGAAUGAGGCGAAGAAUUAUCGGAUAUGGGCUACCGUUUCCAAAAAAUCCUGAGCAACGUGGUGACCUUCUAAUAGAAUUUGAGGUGUCCUUCCCAGAUACUAUAUCCUCAUCAUCCAAAGAAGUACUUAGGAAACAUCUUCCUGCCUCAUAGAAUGAAAAACUUUGUUACCCAUAUUUUGAUAAGGCACUGAAAAUAUAAAAGAACUGGCCAUUUACUGAUGUAGAUGUGAAUUCUGUAUAAAGACAUGUAAAUUAUUUCGAGGGUUCAUUAAAUUGCAUGAAUAGACGGGUCAAAUAAAAAGGCAAAAGGGAUUUUUACAGUUAGAGAAGAAGAGAAACCCAUUCACUGUAUUUUAUUUCAUUUCUCCCAAAUCAGAAAAUUUUAGUAUUUUGCUUACAUAUAAAACUUGUUUCUGUGGAGUUAGUAGAUAUAUUUCUAAUAAAGUACUAGGAUAUCCAAGUACUUUAUUUCUUAUAUCUUUACAUUAUCAGUAUGAUAGGUUCUCAUUUAUGAUGGAAAUUUAAAUUCUUAACAAGACUAUACAUGUGAUAGGUAUUUCUAGAAAAUAAAAACCCAAGUCACUUGGAAAUCUAGUUAACUAGAUUAAAGUCACCAUAUGAAAUGCUGCUAUAGGGCUGGUACCCAUAAAAGAAUAUCCUAAUACAUAUGUUUCACCAUUUUGAUUUUUAAAGUAUGUUGUAGCAUUUCUUAAUAACAUAGUUGUAAUGUUCUUAAGGCAGACAUUUUCUUCAUAAAAAGGAUAUUAAUGGCAAUUUAUCUCCUGUGGAAAUCCCAAUUGGCCUGAAUUACUGAUAUUUUAGAAAUAGGUUGUUUUUAAAAUGCCAUAUAUAAUUUUAUGCAAGUUGACUAUAUAUCUUGGACUUAAUAAAUUAUAGGUACAUUUUAUUGUCCACUAGUUAAAAAUAAUUUGUUUGAUAAUAAAUGUGUUUUUAGAGUAAAUAUUGCUACUUGGAAUUAAUUUUCCAAUUACACAGCCUUCUAUAACUUACUCAUAAUAUGCUAUAUGUACCAUAUGCAAUUUCCCUAAAAAGAAUAAACUACCACUAUGGUGUUAAACCAAAAUAUGGGGAAAAUAAACACUAACUGCUGCUUAUGAAUGAUGUUGCUACUACUUGUUAUGCAUAUAAAUAUUUUACUUUUUCAUAUGUA